CUGAGCUCUCCGCGUGCUGAUUGGCUGCGGGCGCCGCCGGUCCGGCCGGGAGGCGGGGCGGGCCAUAGGCAAAGGGAGGUGGGGAGGCGGUGGCCGGCGACUCCCCGCGCCCCGCUCGCCCCCUGGCCCUUCCCGCGGCGCUCGGCCUCGUUCCUUUCCUCCUCCGCUCCCUCCGUCUUCCGUACACGCCCCGCGCCGCGCUCGGCCAGCGUGCCUCGCGCCCUAACGGGCGGCUGGAGGCGCCAAUCAGCGGGCGGCAGGGUGCCAGCCCCGGGGCUGCGCCGGCGAAUCGGCGGGGCCCGCGGCCCGGGGUGGCAGGCGGGUUUACCCGCGCGGCCGCGGCGGCGGAGGAGCAGCUCGCCAGCCAGCAGCCCGCCAGCCGCCGGGAGGUGGGUGCGCGGCGGCCGGCGGCCGAGGGCGGAGGGCGGAAGCGGAGCCCCCUCCAUCCCAUCGGAAGAGGAAGGAACAAAAGGUCCCAGACCCCCCGGAUCUGACGGGGCGGGACCUGGCGCCUCUGUGCAGGUUCGAUACAAGAGGCUGUUUUCCUAGCGUGGCUUGCUGCCUUUGGUAAGAACAUGUCGUCCAUCUUGCCAUUCACGCCGCCAGUUGUGAAGAGACUGCUGGGAUGGAAGAAGUCAGCUGGUGGGUCUGGAGGAGCAGGCGGAGGAGAGCAGAAUGGGCAGGAAGAAAAGUGGUGUGAGAAAGCAGUGAAAAGUCUGGUGAAGAAGCUGAAGAAAACAGGACGAUUAGAUGAGCUUGAGAAAGCCAUCACCACUCAAAACUGUAAUACUAAAUGUGUUACCAUACCAAGGAUACCUUCCUUCUUUUUUCAAACUCUGGCAGUCCCAAAUGAGUCCUCUGAUUCUAGCACUUGCUCUGAAAUUUGGGGACUGAGUACACCAAAUACGAUAGAUCAGUGGGAUACAACAGGCCUUUACAGCUUCUCUGAACAAACCAGGUCUCUUGAUGGUCGUCUCCAGGUAUCCCAUCGAAAAGGAUUGCCACAUGUUAUAUAUUGCCGAUUAUGGCGCUGGCCUGAUCUUCACAGUCAUCAUGAACUCAAAGCAAUUGAAAACUGCGAAUAUGCUUUUAAUCUUAAAAAGGAUGAAGUAUGUGUAAACCCUUACCACUAUCAGAGAGUUGAGACACCAGUUUUGCCUCCAGUAUUAGUGCCCCGACACACUGAGAUCCUAACAGAACUUCCGCCUCUGGAUGACUAUACUCACUCCAUUCCAGAAAACACUAACUUCCCAGCAGGAAUUGAGCCACAGAGUAAUUAUAUUCCAGAAACGCCACCUCCUGGAUAUAUCAGUGAAGAUGGAGAAACAAGUGACCAACAGUUGAAUCAAAGUAUGGACACAGGCUCUCCAGCAGAACUGUCUCCUACUACUCUUUCCCCUGUUAAUCAUAGCUUGGAUUUACAGCCAGUUACUUACUCAGAACCUGCAUUUUGGUGUUCAAUAGCGUAUUACGAAUUAAAUCAGAGGGUUGGAGAAACCUUCCAUGCAUCACAGCCCUCACUCACUGUAGAUGGCUUUACAGACCCAUCAAAUUCAGAGAGGUUCUGCUUAGGUUUACUCUCCAAUGUUAACCGAAAUGCCACAGUAGAAAUGACAAGAAGGCACAUAGGAAGAGGAGUGCGCUUAUAUUACAUAGGUGGGGAAGUUUUUGCUGAGUGCCUAAGUGAUAGUGCAAUCUUUGUGCAGAGCCCCAAUUGUAAUCAGAGAUAUGGCUGGCACCCUGCAACAGUGUGUAAAAUUCCACCAGGCUGUAAUCUGAAGAUCUUCAACAACCAGGAAUUUGCUGCUCUUCUGGCUCAGUCUGUUAAUCAGGGUUUUGAAGCCGUCUAUCAGCUAACUAGAAUGUGCACCAUAAGAAUGAGUUUUGUGAAAGGGUGGGGAGCAGAAUACCGAAGGCAGACGGUAACAAGUACUCCUUGCUGGAUUGAACUUCAUCUGAAUGGACCUCUUCAGUGGUUGGACAAAGUAUUAACUCAGAUGGGAUCCCCUUCAGUGCGUUGCUCAAGCAUGUCAUAAAGCUUCAUCACCAAUCAGUUUCCAUCAAAAGACUUAAUGUAACAACUCUUCUGUCAUAGUAUUGUGUGUGGUCCCCAUGGACUGUUUACUAUCCAAAAGUUCAAGAGAGAAAACAGCACUUGAGGUCUCAUCAAUUAAAGCACCUUGUGGAAUCUGUUUCCUAUAUUUGAAUAUUAGAUGGGAAAAUUAGUGUCUAGAAAUACUCUCCCAUAAAAGAGGAAGAGAAGAUUUUAAAGACUUAGUGAUGUCUUAUUGGGCAUAAAACUGAGUGUCCCAAAGGUUUAUUAAUAACAGUAGUAGUUAUGUGUACAGGUAAUGUAUCAUGAUCCAGUAUCACAGUAUUGUGCUGUUUAUAUACAUUUUUAGUUUGCAUAGAUGAGGUGUGUGUGCGCUGCUUCUUGAUCUAGGCAAACCUUUAUAAAGUUACAGUACCUAAUCUGUUAUUUCCACUUCUCUGUUAUUUUUGUGUGUCUUUUUUAAUAUAUAAUAUAUAUCAAGAUUUUCAAAUUAUUUAGAAGCAGAUUUUCCUUGUAGAAAAACUAAUUUUUCUGCCUUUUACCAAAAAUAAACUCUUGGGGGAAGAAAAGUGGAUUAACUUUGAAAUUCUUAUCCUUAAUGUGUUCAUUGGGGCUUAAACAGUCAUUCUUUUUUUGUGUGUGGGAUUUUUUUGUUGUUUUGUUGUUGUUUUUUUCCUGCUAAAUCUUACUAUAAGGAAACCAUACUGAAAAUCUUUUCAGGCCUCUUUUCUCCAUUCCCAUUUUUGUCCUGAUAAUCAAAACAGCAUAGCAUGACCUCUUCACCAGUAAUAGUUGCACUGAUACUGCUGGCACCAGUUAAUUCUGGGGUACAGGAAAAAUUCAUAUGGAGAAAGUCCCUUUGUCUUACACCCAAUUUUCAACAGGAAUAAUUAGCUUGUAUAACCUAGCAGUCUGUUGAUUUAACCUUACACCUAUAAAAAAUACAUAGGUGGCAAUGUAAUUAUUUUCAGGGAUAUGCUAGAAUCACUUCCACAUAUUUUUCCCUUUUUAAAAAAGCUAAUCUAUAAAUAACCCUUUUUCAAAAGGUAUUUUAAAAUAUUUCAACAGCAGACCUUCUGGUCUUCAAGUAGUUUCAUUUGAUUUAGUUACCAGAUUGUAUUAUGAAAUGGACCUUUUGUAGAUGUAAUUGUUUCUGCAUAAUACCUAGAAAAGCGAUGCUGAGGUACGAUCAGCAGAUAUGGGCCAUCUGUUUUUAAAGUAUGUUGUAUUCAAUUUGUAAAUUGAUUGUUAUUCUACCUGUAAUUAUGAAUUCAGAAUUUUAAAAAUUGGGGGAAAAGCCAUUUCUUUAGCAAGUUUUUUAGCUUCUCAGUUACCUGCAGUCUGAGCUGUUCUUAACUGAUCCUCAGUUUGUGGUUGAGCAUAUUUCAUACUCUGUAGUGAGAGCAGAUUUCCAAAACUCUGUUGGCAGUUCAUUCUGCAGCAAAUUAUUAUUAUGUCUAAUGUUGACUCAUUGCAGUUUAAAGAUUUCUUCUUGUUUGCAUCUUAGUAGAAAUGGAAAAUAACCACUCCUGGUCGUCUUUUCAUAAAUUUUCAUAUAUUUGAAGCUAUCUUUGGUACUUGUUCUUUGAAAUCAUACUCAACCUGUCUCUACAGGUAUCAUUUUCGAUACUUUCAACAUUUGGUAGUUUUCUAUUGGAUACUCCCCAUUUUCCUGUAUUUGUGUGUAUAUGUAUGUGUUCAUGUAAAUUUGGUACAGUAAUUUUUUAUUCAUUCAACAGAUAUUUAUUGUUCACCUGUUUGUACCAGGAACUUUCUUAGUCUUUGGUUAAAGGUGAACAAGACAGCUACAGUUCCUGCCUUUGCUGAGACAGCAGUUACACUAAUCCUUAAUCAUCUUACUUGUCUUUGAAGGAGAUAAACAGGGUACUUGAACUGGAGAAUAACAGAGGGAUGCUUCAGGUAGGACAUCAAGGAAAGUCUCUAAGGAAACGAUUCAUGAGCUAAUACCUGACAUUAAAGAAGCAAGCCAAGUGAUGAGCCAGGGAAGAUAAUCAUUCCUGGCAAAGAGAAUAGCAUCAAAUGCAAAAAGGCUCACACUAAAGGAAACUCAUGAUUAGGUAUUAAUGCUUUAUACAGAAAACUAUACAAAUCCAAACUUGAAGAUCAGAAUGGUUCUACAGUUUAUGAUAUUUUCAAGGUAGCCUUAUUUUGUGAUAGUCUGCUUCAUGUUAUUCUCACUAAUGUAUCUUCUUCCUCAACCUUUGCUGUAAAAAUUUUAUUUGCACCACCUCAGUACUACUUAACAACCCUUUCUUGUAUAAACUCUCACCGUUAUAGUGCCCAGCUGCUUGCUUCCAGACUUCGUGCUGCCCGGUAAUUAUGUCUUCUACUACCCAUCUUGUGAGCAGAGUAAAUGUCCUAGGUAUUACCGCUGUCAGGCCUGUGGGAGAUACUCAUUGGAGCCUCUGCCCUUUUACUUACUUGAGAGCUUGCAGUGGUGUUAGGCAACAGUUCUAGGGGCAGAAAACAACUCUGAAAGUGUUAGAAGGUUCUGGUCUUGGUGGUUACUCUUGCAUUACUGUGUUAAGUGAAGCAGUGCCUACUGUGCUGUUUCAAUAGUGGAGCACAUCUCUACAGUUCUGGUGUGAUUUUUCUGAGCAGUAUGAAAUUGGGACUCAACUCUUUGAAAACACCUGUUGAGCAGUUAUACCUAUUGAGCAGUUUACUUCAUGGUCAUAAUUACAUUUGUGUGAACAUGAUGCUUUUUAAUGAGAUGAUUUUUUUGCGUUUUGUCUACUGUGGCCUAAUUUUUAUUGAUUUCUGCCCCCUGCCCCUCAUUUAUAGGUGUGGUUUUCAUUUUUGUAAGUGAUAGAAUGCUCUCUUUGUUGAAUUUUAUCUUUAUUUAAAUUAGCAACAUUAUUUAGGAUUUAUUCUCCACAAUACUGGUAAUUUUCUAGGUUUGAUGACCUGAGAAUUGAAUGCCCGUGCUUUCUAUCAGAUUUCUAAGAUGAGUAGUAGUUUUUCCAGUAGGUUUCACAGGGACACCUUGGGGGCUGGUUUAGGGGAGGCUUUUGGGGUUCCCACUGAUUUUGGUAUAACCAGUGGCACUUUUAUUCUGUAUUGAAAUAUACUGCAUGAGAUUUCUUUUGGAAAGAGUUUCAUUGCUUUAAAAAGAAACUCAAAGUCUUUAUAACCACUGGUUGAGAUUAGAAAAUAUAACUGGAAUUAUGCCUACCUUCUGGAAUACCAUUGAUUGUGCUCUUUUCUUCUUAAAGAAGCUUUCCUGAUUAGAUUUAAGCUCUACCAAUUAUACUGGUUAUACCUUAUGAUAUACAUUCAGUCAAUAAACAUUUAUUGAUGUCUGUUGUUUGCCAGCCACUGUGAUAGAUACUGAAUUAUAAAAAGAUGACUAGAAUGGGGCCCUGACCCUUGAGCUGUGCUUGGUCUUGUAGAGGUUAUGUUUUUUCCUGGGGACCUGUCACUUUGCCAGAAGGAAAUCUUCCUAAUUUUCUUGAAAACUAAAUUUUCUUUGUAUGGUUUUACAAAUUGUUUAAUAUCUAGUUGUAUUUUUUACCUUAAACCACAUUCAGUUUUGCUUGAUUUGUCUGUCUUUUGAACACUAUCAUGAUUUCUCUUUUGUUAAAAUUAUUUUAAUUUCACUUUAUUUGUGCCUUUGUCAGUUUAAGACUAAGACUUCGAUGGUAAAACAAACAAACAUCAUUCUUAGUCUCUUGCUAGUUGAAAUCAAAUAAAAGAGAAUAUAUACCCA